AUGUCUCUGUCAAGUCGACAAACAGCUAUUGUUAACCCUCCACCACCAGAAUAUAUAAAUACUAAGAAGAAUGGGCGAUUGACAAAUCAACUGCAGUAUCUACAAAAAGUUGUCCUGAAGGCUUUAUGGAAGCAUAGUUUUUCCUGGCCUUUUCAGCAGCCUGUGGAUGCUGUGAAACUAAAGUUGCCAGAUUAUUAUACCAUUAUAAAGACCCCAAUGGAUUUAAAUACAAUUAAGAAGCGCUUAGAACAUAAGUAUUAUGUGAAGGCUUCAGAAUGUAUAGCAGACUUCAACAUAAUGUUCUCAAAUUGUUAUUUAUACAACAAGCCUGGAGAUGACAUUGUUCUUAUGGCACAAGCUCUAGAGAAGUUGUUUAGGCAGAGAUUAUCUCACAUGCCGCAAGAAGAACAAAUUGUGGGUGGUAAAGAAAGAAUAAAGAAAGGCAUUCAACAUAAUGUAGCAGUUUCUUCUGUUAAAGAAAAACAAUCCCCCAAAGCACUAGAAAAAGUAUUUAAGCCACAAGUGAUUCCCUCUGUAUUUCCUGAGACAUCAGUUUCUCCUUCAAACAUGGCACAAGAUACUCCACUCAACUCUGCCUCACAAACAGUGGCCCAAGUUACAAGGGGUGUGAAGAGGAAAGCAGAUACCACAACUCCUACAACUUCAGUAGUUAAAGCAAGUGGUGAAUCUUCCCCAAUGCUUGCAGAAAAACAAUCAGUGAAAAUGCCACCUAUAAAAGAAAAUGUGCUGAAGACUGUUUUGCCAGAUUCUCAGCAACAAUGUAAAGUUGUAAAGAAUGUUAAAGUGACUGAACAGUUACGGCACUGUAGUGAGAUUCUUAAAGAAAUGCUUGCAAAGAAACACUUAUCCUAUGCGUGGCCCUUUUAUAAUCCUGUUGAUGUUAAUGCUUUGGGGCUCCAUAACUACUAUGAUAUUGUGAAAAAUCCAAUGGAUCUUGGUACUAUUAAGGGAAAAAUGGACAACCAAGAAUAUAAAGAUGCAUAUGAAUUUGCUGCAGAUGUUAGAUUAAUGUUCAUGAAUUGCUACAAAUACAAUCCUCCAGAUCAUGAAGUAGUGACAAUGGCAAGAAUGCUCCAGGAUGUUUUUGAAAUGCAUUUUGCGAAAAUCCCAGAUGAACCUGUUGAGAGUAUGCCCGUCUGCUACAUCAAAACAGAUACCACAAAAAUCCUUGGUAGAGAAAGCAGUAGUGAAGCUUCGUCUGAAGAAAACUCUUCUGGUGAUUCUGAAGAUGAACGAGUUCAACGUCUUGCAAAGCUUCAGGAGCAGCUGAAAGCUGUUCAUCAACAGCUACAGGUUCUCUCCCAAGUCCCUCUCCAUAAGCUAAAGAAAAAGAGUAAGUCUAAAAGGGAAAAGAAGAAAGAAAAGGCUAAUAACAGAGAUGAAAAUCCAAGAAAAAAGUUUAAGCAAGUGAAAUUAAAGGGAAAGUCCAAAAACAAUCAGCCAAAGAAGAGGAGGAAACAACAGGUGUUUGCUCUGAAACCUGAAGUUGAGGGUAAUGCUAAGCCUAUGAACUAUGAUGAGAAAAGGCAGCUAAGCUUGGAUAUAAACAAACUCCCUGGAGAAAAACUUGGGCGAGUCGUUCAUAUAAUACAUUCAAGAGAGCCAUCUCUGAGAAAUUCCAACCCUGACGAGAUAGAGAUAGACUUUGAAACACUGAAAGCAUCAACACUGAGAGAACUGGAAAAGUAUGUUGCCGCAUGUCUGCGAAAAAGACCGCUAAAACCUCAUGGUAAGAAAAUAACAAAGUCCAAAGAAGAAUUUCAUUCACAGAAAAAACAGGAGUUGGAAAAGCGGUUGCUGGAUGUCAAUAAUCAAUUAAAUUCUAGAAAAUGUCAAACAAAACCUGAGAAAGCGCAGCCCCCCCCGGCUGUUGGCAGUGGUUCCCGGCUGAGCGAGAGCAGCAGCAGCAGCGGGGGCGGCAGCAGCAGCUCCUCGGAGGCCGAGAGCCGUAGCAGCGAGUCAGGCUCGUCCGGCAGCAGUGAUUCCGAAUCAGAAAUGUUUCCUAAAUUUACUGGAGUAAAACAGAAUGAUUCUCCUAAAGAACAAGUAAAAGUAAAAGGAACAUACAUACUGCCUGAAGGAGGGAUUUAUAUGACUCAAAUACAGUCUUCUGUGCAAGAUAAAGCAUCUGCAAAAACCACCCUUGUUUGUCAGACUUCAUAUUCAUGUGAAACACUACCAAAUCACCACCAGUUACCAUUUAAUCAUCAAGCAGUAGAACAUUUACAGAGUGUGAAAAACAUUUCACCUUUACAAAUUCUGCCUUCCUCAGGUGAUUCUGAACAACAUUUGAACGGCCUAACUGUGACGCAUCAGUCUGGUGAUAAUGACACAGUGGUGUUAGAAUCUGAAUGUCAAGUACCUGUGCAGAAGGAUAUAAAGAUCAAGAAUGCAGACUCUUGGAAAAGUUUAGGCAAACCAGUCAAAACAUCUGGUGUACUGAAAUCCUCAGAUGAGCUCUUCAACCAAUUUAGAAAAGCAGCAAUAGAAAAAGAAGUAAAAGCUCGAACACAGGAACUAAUACGGAAACAUCUGGAACAGAAUACAAAGGAACCAAAAAUAUGUCAAGAAAAUCAGAGGGACCUUGGCUUUACUCAAGAAUCUUUUUCAAAUAAGACACAAAACCAGUACCUUGGAGAAGAACAGAAAGAACAUCAGCAGUCUUCGGAAGCUCAAGAUAAAUACAAACUCUGGCUUCUCAAAGGCCGUAAUUUAGCGAGGGAGAAAGAGCAAGAGCGGAGGAGGAGAGAAGCAAUGGCUGGUACCAUUGAUAUGACUCUUCAAAGUGACAUUAUGACAAUGUUUGAAAACAACUUUGAUUAA